UUUAUUUUGGUGAGUUUUUUUUAUAGACCAGCGAGCCGAGCGUAAAAUAAACGGUCCGAUAUUUAUCAACUUGGUCUCCUGCGAACCCUCUUCACCCUUCGGCUCGCCGCCUCUGUUUCCGCUCAAAUUUCAAUCGCUUUAUCGGAUUUAAGUUUGCUUCCACACACACACACAGUAUGCAUACCUACAGUGGAGCUAUCAUGGGUUCACUUCAACAGCCUGUAUGGGUUAAAGAGUCCAGUUUCCUACCAAAAGGACACGGUGUCGGUGGCUUUAUUCGUCGGGUGAAUUUUGGAUUGUUUAAGCCAUGUGGAUCGUCUAAAGUUGUAGGUAGCUUGGCUACUGGAAGACCAUCAACCCCUUCUGUACCCGUCACAAUUCCUGAAGGAGGUAAUGGAAGCAGCUUUGUAGACCAUGAAUUGAGUAACGUUGAUCCUGAAGUUAGUGAAAUAAUAUACAACGAGAAGCAACGCCAGUUUAGAAGCUUAGAGCUUAUUGCAUCUGAGAACUUCACGUCCCGAGCUGUCAUGGAGGCGGUUGGUUCGUGUCUUACUAAUAAAUAUUCAGAAGGACUUCCCGGAAAAAGAUAUUAUGGUGGAAAUGAGCAUAUUGAUGAACUGGAAACACUUUGUCAAAAGAGGGCAUUGGCAGCAUUUCACUUGGAUGAAAAUAAGUGGGGUGUAAAUGUUCAACCGUUAUCUGGUUCACCUGCUAACUUUGAGGUUUAUACAGCCAUUCUUAAUCCACAUGACCGUAUAAUGGGACUUGACUUGCCUCACGGAGGACACUUGUCUCAUGGAUUCAUGACUCCCAAACGAAGGGUUUCGGGAACAUCUAUCUAUUUUGAAUCUAUGCCUUAUCGUCUUGAUGAAUCUACAGGCCUAGUUGAUUAUGACAUGCUUGAGAAAACUGCUACAUUAUUUCGACCAAAACUUAUAAUAGCCGGUGCUAGUGCUUAUCCACGUGAUUUCGACUAUCCUCGUAUGAGAAAGAUUGCUGAUGCUGUUGGUGCUUUUCUGAUGAUGGAUAUGGCCCAUAUUAGUGGGCUUGUGGCCGCUUCUGUGGUUGGCAAUCCUUUUGAAUACUGCGAUAUUGUGACAACCACAACACACAAGUCUCUCAGAGGACCUAGAGGUGGCAUGAUAUUCUUCAAGAAAGAUCCUGUUUUGGGAGUCGAAUUAGAAUCCGCCAUCAAUAAUGCCGUUUUUCCAGGCUUACAAGGUGGUCCGCAUAACCAUACGAUAGGAGGACUUGCAGUCUGCUUGAAGCAUGCUCAGUCUCCAGAAUUUAAAGCUUACCAGAACCAGGUUGUUUCAAAUUGUCGAGCUCUUGCUAAACGGUUGUUAGAGCUAGGGUUCACGUUGGUUUCUGGAGGGAGUGAUAACCAUUUGGUUCUCGUGGAUCUCAGGCCAUUGGGUCUUGAUGGUGCUAGGGUUGAGAAAAUUCUUGAUCUGGCUUCUAUAACCUUGAACAAGAACUCCGUACCAGGGGACAAAAGCGCACUUGUUCCAGGUGGCAUACGUAUCGGCUCGCCAGCUAUGACAACUCGUGGAUUCACAGAAAAGGAAUUCAUUUAUAUCGCUGAAUUGAUUCAUGAAGGGGUGCAGCUCACUCGUGAGAUCAAGCAAGCUGUCUCUGGGUCAAAGCUCCAAGAUUUCAUGAAGUAUGUAGCGUCAUCGGAUUUCAGCUUUACGGAUAAAGUUUCAGAUCUGAAAAAGAGAGUCGAGGCGUUAACAACCCAGUUUCCAAUUCCGGGUUUGUGAAAAGAAGAUUGAAAUGCUUAUAAAUUAGGAUAAAAGUGAUGUGUGAAGUCAUCACUAAUUGUUUGAUGUUGGUUUUCAAGAAUUUUGAGACCUUUUGAUCUAAGGUUUCGUAUAACUUGAAUAGAUUUUGGAGAUCUUUCGUUUUUUUAGCCUCCAAGAGGCUCAUAUCA